GGGCCCCGCCCCGCGCUCCCGCCGCCGCCGCCCGCAGCCGCCGCGGCCCCCAGGCCCGCCCGCGCCGGGGGAGGAUGGUGGCGGCCCGGGGAGCUGCCGCCCGCCGCGGAGCGCUGCUGCUGCUGCUCGCCGCCCUCGGGGCCAGCCGCCUGCGCCUCGCCCGUGCCGCAGCCUCGUGUCCCCGGAGCCUGGACUGUGUCCUACAGCGCCGGGAGUUCUGCCCACCGGGGUCGGGUGCCUGCGGCCCCUGCCUGCCCACCUUCCAGGAGGACGACCACGGGCGAUGCGUCCAGAAGCAGCGGUGGACGUCUGUUUCCAGCUUGGAGAAAGAAAUCGAUUUUCUGGUGGAUGUACUGGCCAGGCAAGAGGCUUCUCGCCCCCACCCACAGCAGGAUGGCAAGUCCAGGACCACCGUGGUCCCUGCUGGCAGCAGACAGCACAUGGCCAGCGGGCUGAGAGAGGGACUUCUGCAGCGGGGUCCCACCAGCAGCAAGGCAGCUGCCACCCUCCUCACCUCCACCACCGCCACGGUCCAGAAGUACCCGGUGGAGGCAUCCCCCAUCCCUUCAAAUGACGAUGUGGUGCUCGGGCUGAUCGUGGUGUGCACAGUGGCUGGGGUCUCAGCGCUGAUUGUGGCUGCAAUCUGCUGGUGCAUACUGCAGAAGGAGGUCAGGCUGGCACAGAAAGCAGACUACUCAGCACAGCGAGCAGCUAGCCCCCUGCCCUACGACAAGAUCUCGCCUGGGGACAAGACGCUGGCUCAGAGCGCCCAGAUGUACCACUACCAGCACCAAAAGCAGCAGAUGCUCUCCAUGGAGAAGCAUAAAGAGGAGCCCAAGCUGCCGGACUCGGCGUCGUCCGACGAGGAGAAUGAGGAUGGAGACUUUACUGUGUACGAGUGCCCCGGGCUGGCUCCGACUGGAGAAAUGGAAGUGAGGAACCCGCUGUUUGAUGACUCCUCCUUACACCCCUCCAACCCCAAGACGCACCAGUAACACCCCUCCUCUCCUCUGCCCGAGCUCGCUACAGACUGUAUGCCCAACGCCGAAGCCUGGUGGGGCAGCCGCGCCGGAGGGGCACCUGCAGCCAGGCAAAGGGGCGCAGACCCCACUCUGCCAGACUGUUCGACGCCUGCCCAAUAAACACCCACUAACAGCUAUUGGGAGGGGGGGAUCGCCCCCCGUUUCCAGCGUCCUUGUCCUCUUUGCUGCUGUGAUUGCGUCCCUGCCUUGCUCUUCGCUCACUGCUCUCGGGGACACGCCAGCCCCACGGGGGGGUUUGCCACUGCUUGGCACAGAAACUGGGGGGCACAGUGGUGUCUCUUUGCAUUUGGCUUUGAGGACGGGGCUGCUGCCCUGGCUGUGGCUGGGCUGAUGUGACAGCAGCUGGGAAAGGGCUUGGAGAGAGGGUCAGAGAGCGGGAGAGGGGCCAGGGGCAUCUAGGCAUGCUCAUGUCUCCAGGGGAAGGUGUCAGGGCUGCCAGCCUGCCCAGAGCCCCUCUUCUAGGGAUGGAGGCUCUCCCUGGAGUGGGGUGGCAUUGAUAAAGGCUCUGGUGCCUGGUCUGCUCCCUCCUCCCCAGCCCAGCCAGCCCCUGGCAGCAGAGUCCCACUCCAGGAGCCAAGGGCAGGAGCAGGAGCUGGCUCAGGCAGGCACUGGCAUUGCUCCCUGGGAUGCACCUUCAGAUGCCACCCUGUGCCAUGCCUGGCCAGGAGCAGAGGCUCUGCACUGGCUCCAUCCCCUUCUAGGGGUGCUGGUCCUUGGAGGCCCAGAGGCACAGACAGUCCCAGUGCCGCUGUGGCCUGGGACCCUGUGCUGGGCUGGGCUGGCGGAGGAGUUCCUCACAGCAAGCCCUGGGUACCAGCUGGGCUCUUGCCCCAGGCCUCCAUGGGUGAAAGCUCAGAAAAAGGGUUCAGGGUGUUGUUUUUAAGCCCGUGUGGCUGUGGGGGAGGAAGGAGCAAGACUGGCGUGGACUUGGGAGGCUGGGAGGGGUAGCCAAGGCACAGUGGCUUUGCUGUGCUGCUUCUCUGCCCCAUGGAGCCCAUGCCUUUGCAGCAUCCCUGUGGAGCCUGGUCCCGUGCUCUCUCCAGGCAUCCCUCUGCGGCAGAGGCACUCUCCACCGUUCCAUCCUAGGCACCUCCUGGGCUUCAGAGACCCCCUGCACGCCUCCGCUGCCCACAUCUGCAUCUGGGCUCACCAGCCCCUACUUACAAGUCCUUGCUCAGAGCCCGGUGCUGUCCCCCAAAGCCUCCCUGGUGCGUCGCCCGUGACCCCGCCAGCGUAAGGCUCAGCACAGGUUUUGGGUUGCUUUUCACAGAUGUGGCUUCAUGUCCAGACCCUGGUGUGGACUGUCACGGCCACGGGUCACCUGUUGUGUUGUGCACAGGUGGUGUCUUGCACAGGGGUGGCCUCUUGCAUACAUGGGAGCUGUUGCACAUACAGGAGCCAUCAUUGCACGCUCAGGAGCCGUUGCACGUGCAGGCAGGCACAUGCAGGGCAGGCAGCAGUGGCAGGGCUGUGCCCAUGAGCAGUGAUGGUGUGGAACCAUCCCCAGUGGGGUCACUGGCAGGGGCCGUCACUGCACCGAUCCUUUCCCCGCACCCUGCUCCCCUCCCCGUGGGCUGCUGCCCUUCUCCCUGCACCUCUCAUUGUUGUAUGGACUGUAGUUCUUUUAAAAGGAGAUUUUAUUAAACGACCAUGUUUGAGACCCA